UGAUCCCGGUGCUCUGGGGAACACCCGUGACUGACCCGUGCUGAGCGCGGCUGACGAACAGACGUUGCGAGCUCCUCGCGACCGGGGUCCGCACGGCAGCGAACCGGCCCCGCGGGCUCUGGAUCGGAUCUGAAUCAGAUGCCUGUUCGGGAGCCGACCUGACCUGACCUGAAGCGUCAUCAGCGCGGCCAGCAUGGAGGACGACCUAAGUGUCACCUCCGACGAGCUGAUCUUCAUCAGGAUCAGCGUACCUGAGCUGAGCGUCGAGAAAUGCCUGCAGUUCGGCCGCAACGAGCUGGUCUGGGAUAUCAAGCAGCAGUGUCUCAGCUCGUUGCCCAAGGAGCUGAAGGAGAGCUUCAACUACGGCCUCUUCUACCCACCGCAGAAUGGCAAAGCCGGCAAGUUCCUGGACGAAGCACGUCCCAUAGCCGACUAUCCGUUCUCUGAGCCUGUGGGCUACCUGGAGCUCAAGUACAAGCGGCGCGUGUACAAGAUGCUGAAGCUGGACGAGAGACAGCUGAAGGCGGCCCACAGCCGCGCCAGCCUGCGCCGCCUGCUGGAGCACGUCGCCGCCGGACACGCGGACAAGGUGGCCAAACUGUGCGCCAAGGGGCUCGACUCCAACUUCCACUGCGCAGAGACAGGAGAGACGCCGCUGACGCUGACGGCCAAGCUGAAGAGCCCGUCGCGCGUGAUCCUGACGCUGGUGAACGGUGGCGCUAUCGUCGACUACCGCACGCUGGAUGGCGCCACUGCCCUGCACAAGGCCGUGCAGAGGAAUAACUUCGAGGCGCUCAAGACGCUGCUCGACCUGGGCGCAUCUCCAAACUACCAGGACGCCAAGGGGCUGACGCCGCUCUACUACUCCAUCCUGCACAACGCCAACGCCAUCAUCACCCAGGCGCUGCUGCAUGACCAUGCCACCAUCGGCGCCCGCGACUGUCAGGGCUGGGCCGAGGUGCAUCAGGCGGCGCGCCGGUCAAUGACUCAGCACCUGGAACACCUGCUCUUCUACGGCGCCGACAUGAACGCGCAGAACGCCUCGGGCAACACGCCUCUGCACGUGUGCGCCAUCAACGGCGAGGAGGCGUGCGCGCGCGUGCUGCUCUUCCGCGGCGCCGACCGAGACGCGCUCAACUUUGCCAACCAGACGCCGUACCAGGUGGCCGUCAUCGCCGGCAACCUGGAGCUGGCCGAGGUCAUCCAGCGACACAGUCCUGACGACGUCGUGCCGUUCAAGGAGGCGCCCAAGUACAACCCGCGACGCCGGUCCGGCAUCGUGCUGCCGCGCACCCACUCGGAGUCGCGCCUGAGCUCGCCGCUCUCGAAGCCGCCGUCGCCGUCGCCGUCCAACCGCUCGCUGCCUCCCUUCUCGUCGGCGUCCAGCCUGAGCGAGGCCAGCACGGGCAGCAGCGGCACCUGCACCCAGCCGACCAGCGAGGCCGAGCCCACGCUGCUGCACGGCAAGGACAUGUUCGACGUGGUGUCGGAGAGCUCUGGCGUCGGCACCAGCAACGGCUCGGGCUCGGGCGAGAGCUGCGACACCAACCCGGAGACGGGCAUCCUGCUGCCGGGCGCCGGCACCACCGUGGUCUGCAUGGAGGCCUACAGCAGCAGCCUGCCCGGCCACCUCAGCAUCAUGCAGGGCGACAUCAUUGAGGUGUCGGCCUCCACGGACAACGGCCUGGUGGAGGGCUGCCUGGCCGGCCAGCUGGGCCUGUUCCCAGCGCGCUGCGUGCAGGAGGUGCGCCUGCGAAAGGCGGCGCCGGCCGGCAUGCCGCCGCCGCCGCCGCCGGCGCCGCCGGCCGAGUCGCCGUACGGCCGGCUGGAGCUGAGCACGCCCUACGGCACGACGCCGCGCCACCGGCGGUCGCCGCUGCAGCCGCGCACCGUCGUGCUGCACCGCAGCGCCAAGGGCUUCGGGUUCGUGCUGCGCGGCGCCAAGUCGAGCUCGCCGCUGAUGGAGCUGCGCCCCAGCGAGCGCUGCCCGGCGCUGCAGUACCUGGACGACGUGGACCCGGGCGGCGUGGCCGAGCGCGCUGGCCUCCACAAGUGGGACUUCAUUCUGGCUAUAAACGGCGUGGAUGUGAGCCAGGCGUCACACGAGCUGGUGGUGGAGCAGAUCCGGCGGGCCGGCGACCUGGUGGCGAUGACUGUCGUCUCGCUGCCGGAGUCGGGGCAGUCGGUGGGCACAACGCGCUCAGUCUCCACGCUGCCGCGCAAGCUGUCGGCCUCGUCCGUCGGCGGCCGGCCGCCCAUCCCGCCGCUGCCGCCCAAGCGCGACCCCAAGACCACGCUGAGCGUGGGGCGCGCGCGCGCUCGCUCCAUGUUCAACAGUUACCCGGAGAUCGAAGCGCUCGACCGCGCCAUCCACGACUACGACUCGGAAGGGCGCAGCACCAACAGCAGCUCGGUCGACUCGGAGACGUACAAGGUGCCGAACGUGAAGGUGGCCUCGAUCCGCACGCGGCCGACCAGCUCCCGCCUGAGCUCGCGCGAGCUGGAGGAGAUGUUCGCGCGCCAGGGCUCGGCGCCGCGCUACCCGCCCACCGCCGGACAGGGCGGGCCGCGCGUCUACGCCAGCGUAGCGGAGAUGAAGCGGCACAAGGGCAAGAAGCCGAAGGGCGCCCCUCUGGAGUCGGUUUACGUCGGCGACACGGGCAGCCUGCGCAAGGAGUUCCACAGCACCCCGGACCUACAGAACGCGGCCACCUGGCUCGAGCAGCGCCGCAGUCACUCGCAGGAGGACCUGCACGCCUUGCAGCACGGCCCGGGCGCCCGGCUCGGGCCGCACGCCGCCUGGUCCAGCACCGAGCACCUGUACAGCCGCGCGCGCCGCACCAGCGCCGAGACUGGCAGCGAGUCGGGCGAGGGGCGCGGCGGCUACGCUGUGCCGCCGCCGCUGGGCGACGGAGAGUCGCGGCGCGUGCCCUCCACCUUCCGACCGUCGGCUGACGCCAAGCUGUACGCCUCGCCCGUCGAGCUCAAGUCGCUGUCUCCUACCGCCGCGGCGGCGCCCCUGGGCGGCUCCAGCCUGCAGUCGAUGCUGGCGGAGAAGGUGGCCGCGCGGCGGCGGCGGCUCAGUGUGGGCGACGCGGGCAGCGUGGCGACUCACGACCCGUCGCCGGCCGACGCGGAGGAUCGCGUCGAGCAGGUGACGCGGAUACAGGUGGGCAAGAAGUCGCAGGCGUCCGGCAUUCCCAGUCCAAGCAAGGGGCCCUCGCCUGGCAUGACCAAGUCCCACACGAUCGGCAGUUUGAGCGGGGAUGAUCUGCGCGUGGCUCGGUCCAAGCUGCGCAGCGCCAAGCCGCCGGCGGCAGCGACGAGUUAUCCGCCCGAGGAGGCGGACAACUCGUCAUCGGGCGUCAGCUCGGAUCAGGAUCAGGCGCAGCCCAAGUACGUGACGUUUAUCCCGACCGAGGGCGCGCCCUACACGCGGCGCCAAGACGAGAGCGAGGAGUCGGAGAGCUCGGACGACACGAGCGACCGCACCUGGAUCCUCAGCUCGGAGCGGGCGCGCCAGGCGGGUCAGCUGGCGCGCCCGGCCGGCGCCGCCGAGCCGCGCAAGUCGAGCAGCAUCCCGUGCCUCCUCAGCGCCAAGAGCGGCGCCGCCAAGCCCGUGUCGAUCACGGUGCCGGGCGGCCGGCCGGCGCGCGACGGCCGCCACCUGCGCUUCGGCGGCACCACGACCGUAGUGAUCACGAGCGGCAGCUCGCCCGAGCCGGAGCCGCUCGCCGAGCAGAGCAUCGAGCGCAGCCUGCAGCAGAUCGAGCAGCACGCCAGCCAACUGGGCGGCGGCAGCAGCAACGCGGCGCCGGUCGUGCCGCCGCCUCCCGGCUUCGACGGCGGCGGUCUGCUGCUGGCACCGCCGCCCGAGUUCAGCGACCCGGCGGCCGAUGCCGGGGCCCGGCCGCCGGCGCCGCGGCCGCCGCCGAAGCCGGUCGCCGCCGCCGACGCCGGCUCGCGCCUCGUCAAGCCGAAGACACUGGGCCUGCGCGGACGGUCGCCGUCCUCGCCCGGCACCACCUCGCCCACCGGCGUGGCGUCACCGGCCGGUAUGACGUCACCGACCGGUAUGACAUCACCGGCCGGCGCGACGGCACCGCGCAGCUCGGGCAUUCCGCGCAGCGUGGCCGCCACCGCCGGCGGGCGGCGGACGUCGCCGGCGGGCAGCCCGAGCAAGAUCCCGGGCGCGGUGCGGGCGCGCCCCACCAGCCUCCCCCAGCCGGCGGCACCGGCGCACGUCAAGAACAGGUUCCGCGGCAUGGCCGUGGCCCAGUGGACGGUGGAGGACACGUGCGACUGGCUGGAGAGCCUGUUCAUGUCCGAGUACAAGGCGCGCUUCGCGGAGGCGGCCGUCGACGGGCCGCAGUUGCUGCAGCUAGACGGGCCGGGCUUCGCCGAGCUUGGCGUCAAACGCAUGGGCCAUCGGAUGAACAUUGAGAAGUCGCUGAAGCGCUUGUCGGUGCAGGCGAGGAGUCCGGCGCGGUAGGGGUUCCCACGCGUUCCCAACCGGCCGAUGUCCCCUGUCCGCGGCUGAUAGUUCGCCCCGCCGGCCCGUGGAUCGCACAUGGGCCGGCUGUAGGGGGCGCUCCCGGCUGUCAUCGACGCGUCGCCGGACUGCCAACGCUCACGCCCCGUCCAGCGGC